GUAGGUUAAAAGAGGGAAAAUUUAUGACAGUAUUUUUAGACGAGUUACAUAGCAAGGCUCAAGCUUAUGGGAUAAAAAAUGCAGAGUUUGAGAAAAAUGUUAAAGAUUCUAAGGAAUGGAAUAGGCGAGAUAGAGAGGAACUUUCAGAAUUAAUAAACAGAACAUCAGAAUUAGCAGAACAAACAACACAGUUUAAUAGUAGAAAACGUAGAUCAUCAAAUGGAGGAACAAGCGGGCUUUUUUGUGUUGCUCUAUCUCUAUCUACAUCUGCCAUUUUCACAGGGAUAGCGCUAAUGGCUUAUAUUAGUGUAACUCUUGGUGCUAUAAUAACAGCUAUUGGAUGUUUAGGUUUGGCUAUUUCUUUACAUCAAAUUCCACAGUCUUCACUUCAAAAUUUAAGUAAAGCAUUACAUCAUCAAGAAGGAAUUGAAAGAUAA